GUUAAUUCCCAUCAACAACAAACUACACAGCAGAUGUUAUGCAUUUAGUUGUUAUCCGGGUGUGAGAGGAAUCUUUCUCUUCUGCAUUCACUGACUAUGCACAUCUGUCACCUCCAAGGGCAAUAUCCAGAGAUGACCAAGGUCUGACUCAGUCGCAGAGACCGCUCCCUAAAUAUCUGUCCACCCCUAACAGCUCUUUCCUUUAUACACUGCUUGUCCAGGCUAACUGGGAAAAAGAUAUAAGUGAAGUUACAAGAAUCAGGACAAACCUUGGGACCAACUUAAACUAAACAACCUAUUGUAAGAGAUACACAAUGGCUGCUACUACAGGUGUACUUGUGGCUGUUCUAGGAUACGUCACUAUCAUGAUGGAAUUCACAGAAGGUGCAUCUGUACGUAUGGCCUGCCCCCCGGGCUGGUUCUUCUACAGGUCACAUUGCUAUGCUGUAAGUAAGAACCCUGUGCCCUGGGCUGAUGCUGAGUAUGAAUGCAACAGUUAUGGGCAUGGCGCACAUUUGGCAUCUAUAAUGGAUGAUGCUGAAGCUGCCAUUAUUGGAAGUCAUGUGUCUGCAAGCCAGGAUAAAGAAGGGGUAUGGAUAGGCUUACAUGACCCAGAAAAGAAUGGUCGCUGGAAGUGGACAGAUGGGUCCAUGUAUAAUUUUCAAGCUUGGAAAUCGGGUUUGCCAGAUAAUGCCAAGGGGAAAGAGUUCUGUGUUGUUCUUCUAGGUGGCUCCAAGUAUAAGAAGUGGAAUGAUGUUGGGUGUGGAGGACGUCGAAACUAUGUUUGUAAAUUCAAGCCAUGAAGUUGCUCUAUAACUGGAAUUUAAACAAAUAAUUCUGUUAUCUUUAAAUUAAAAUCACAUUUGCUA